AUGGCAGCGCCCCAGCCUGCUCAGGUGUCAGAUCUGGACAGUGACAGUGGCAGUGGCAGUGGCAGUGGCAGUGAUAUGGACAUGGACAGUAACAGUAACACUGACAGUAACAGCGACAUUGACAGUGAAGGGCAGGAAGUGGCGGCCUUCUACACGGAGGUUCUGCAAAAUGCUGGGGUGCCGCAGGGCGAUGUGGCAAACAUUGUAAAUGAUAUCAAGACCCAGUACCAAGCCAUGAAGUGGUCUGAGGAUAAGCGUCGAGAUCUGAUCCCUCUCUACGAUGGGAAGGGCUCUAAAAUGCUCAGCGGUUCCAUGCUCUUCGACCCCAAGCAGGAGAUCACUGGGUCCGAUACCCUGAUCGGUCUUAUUGCACACCUCAAGGCCAGCUCGGCCCUCCUCGCCGACGACGACAGCCUCCUCAAACCCAGAAUCGACAAGAUCUUGGACUACUGGACGAGCGCCUGCUCCCUCAAGCAGCUCGACCGCUUCCUCAACCGGGGGCAGCCGCAGUUUCUGGGCGCGCCCAGCCCGAAUGGCAUGAAUCUGGAUACCCUCGCCGUCAAUCCUAGCGGGGUCCCGCACUUCUCGUACGAGCACCAACUGCGGAGGUCGACGGUCCGUUUGCUUCACUACCCGGGCCUCCUGUUUUUCGACGAGGAAGGCAACUUCGACAAUCUCCGCGCCGACAGAUUCGGGCUCCUGUACACCGUGGCGCGGGUUCUCCUCGAGUACGAACUCGGGACCAAUAGGCCUGACCUUGCGGAUAAGUUCUCGGUUGACCCGCGCGAUGCCAAUAACAGCCAGGCGACCUGGCUGGGAAAGGCGAGGGCCAGAAUACAAGACACGCUGGAGGCUGUGGCCGUGAUCGCUUGUCAGCCGCUAGACAACAGACCCCUUGGGCAGAGGCUUCAGGAGCGGUUGAGCCGUCGGGCAGCGAGGCAUGCGGCGGGCUUGCCGAGGCUCACUUCACGGGAAGAGGCGCUGGCAGAAGCGACCAUCUUCAGAGGGAACAUCGCCGUCGACGCGGUGGGGUCGCUGCAGAGGCUGAUUGCCAACGUGCAGGCCCAGGGUGCUGCCUUUCUCGAUUCCCUGAUUGCGGAAAUCGACGCACGCCUGCAGGCGGACGAGAAUGAUCAUAUCGACCCCUUGCUUCUGGAUCUCAUCAGCAGGGAAGAUGCUUUCGAGCGCGCUCUGACGGUUGAGCAUUACGAGGAUAAGCUUAUCAAUAAGCAGGUCUCCGUCUUGGACGAGUCGCGUAUCACGGAAGAGGAAUGGCUUCGUAGUUGGAGCAUUGAGAGGGACUUCAUUGACCAAUUGAAACCAGGCGGCACCCUCGCGGAGCAGGAGAGAUACGUGUAUAAGGUACUAGGGGAUAUGAGUUUGGUUAAUAGACAUAGGAGGAACUUUCGACUGUUGCGCGAUUGGGCGGUGAAUAUGCGACCUUGGAAACAAAUCUACCAGCUUUAUUCGGAAAAUGACGCGCCAUGGGUCAAGGAAGGUAUCAAACAAUUUGAUCGGAAAACCGAGACGGCCUUCGCCAAUAUACCUCUCGACGUCAGCGCAACAGCUUACCAACACGUCGUCCCGAAACUCUUUGGCAUCAAGCCCGUUAACAUCGACGACCCGUCCAGCUCCCUGAGCAUAGACCUCGUCGGAACCGGACCCAUGCGGAAGCUGUGCCUUAUCUGCAAUAAGCAGAUGGGUCCUGGCUUGUCCGUCACCAGCACGGUCGUCGAGUUGACCUGCUCUCCCGUUUCGCAUUUCUUCCACCUGCAGUGCAUGUUUGAGUAUUGGGACAUGCCGGGCAAGCUCCUGCACAGCUGCCCGACCUGCGGCCACAUGGCCAAGCUCAACUACGAGACCGUCGGUAUCGAGCCAACCGGAGCCGGCGACGCCGAGUUCAGCCACAAUUGCAUGGACUACCCGAUGUCCUCCACCGUCGCCCCGUUCCUCAACCACCCAGACCCCGUCAUACGAGCCAGAGUCCGCAAGCUCUACGACGUGCCGGGUCCCCUCGACCCCGACCCCAACUUCCCGGACCUUGUGCACCCGUACUGGAGGCGGGAGAACGCCCUGAAGCUGCAGUGGGACAACAUGGCCAUCAGGUGGGAGAGCCGCGUCUUCCCCCCAGGGGUGCUCGCGCGCGCGCCCGCCCCCCAAGGCAACAACGCGCUGCUGGCGGUCGCGUCCAACAACCCAUUCCUGCAGGACCGCCAGCAGGCGGCCACGGGCGGGGUCAUCACCACGGCGCAGGCUAGGGAGCAAGAGAUGGUGAGACGGGUCGCGGCGGAUCUGGGCCGGAGGUACUUGAGUCUGCGGGUGGCGGCGCAGAACAUCGAGGCGGCGAGGGCGAUGGCUGCCGGCCAGGAUCCGCCGCCGGACGACCUGGAGGAUCUGAACACGACGCGGGUGUUGCCGGGGGCGAGGUACGGGCCGCAGGUGGAGGCGGCUUACAUGCGGUCCGCGCGACGGAGGAGGAACGCGAGGCAGCGGAGGCUGGUCGCAGAAUCACGAAGGGGUUUGAGUGGGUUGAGAUGA